AUGGCUUUUGUUCACUGCGGGUCUGAAGAGUGCACCAAAUCCGAACUAGACCUGUUUCAAAUAGCCCCUACGCAGGCCAGCAUCGAGAAAAGCAUCUACAUCGAGGUUCCGCCUUUAUCGGCCAUUACGGAGUCUGCCCCCAUUGACUUUUUUAUAGCAGGGAAUGGCAUAGAUUAUAUGGAUUUAAACAAUACGCUGCUGUACCUGUGUUGCAAGAUUGUAAAAGGAGACGGAACUGAACUCGCCGCGGACGCAGAAGUGGGUUUGGUGAAUAACCCCGUGGCCUCUAUUUUCAGUCAGUUGGAUGUUACGCUGGGAGACCGCCUCAUAAGCCAAAGCAACAACUGCUACCCUUACAGGGCCUUUAUAGAAUCGGUGCUCAAUUACAGCGACGACACCCUCGCCACGCAAUUUUCCGCCGGCCUGUUUUACAAAAACACUGCUGGACAACAUGAAGAAACAGAGUUGGAUGGAGGGAAUCUAGGUGCGGCUGAAGGCUUUAAACUGCGCAUUGUAUCAGCGUCCCUUUUUGUGAAGAAAGUACGGGUGGCCCCGGGAGUUCGUCUGGGGCACGCGGAGGCCCUGCUUACCGCUAAUGCUAAAUACCCUGUGGACCGCGUGGGAAUGAAAGUGUUUAGCAUUCCCGCGGGCAGCAGGGUCAGUAACCAGGAGAACCUGUUCUUGGGACAGUUACCCAAAAUGCUUGUCCUAGGGUUUGUGGAUAACGAUGCCUUUAGCGGAAGUUACACUAAAAAUCCCUUUCAUUUUAAACAUUACGAUAUUAAUUUUGUGGCCUUGUAUGUGGAUGGUGAACAGAUACCGACCAAGCCUCUGCAACCAGACUUCGAGGCAGGACGCUGCGUGAGAGAAUACAUGAAUUUGGUACAGACAGCUGGUAAACACAUGAAAGAUCGUUCUCUGUUAAUUGACCGUGAGGAGUUUGCACAGGGUUACACCUUGUUUGCCUUUGACCUGUCUCCCGACCAGGAAUGCGCUGAUCACUAUUCCCUGAUUAAAACCGGGAACCUGAGAGCAGAAAUACGUUUUGGGAGGGCGUUAACGGUUACCGUUAAUAUGAUUGUGUAUGGGGUUUUUGACAAUGUCAUAGAAAUAAAUCAAAGGAGAAACGUUCUGUUUGACUAUAUGUGA